AUGGCAUGCACAGAGGAAGAGUUCACCGAGCUUUUAAGUGGUGAGGUUUAUAUAGAUAUGGAUAAAUUGGUAGCGAUUUCAAGACAUGGUAUACCAGAAAAAGUUAGAGCAGAGGUUUGGAAAUAUUUAUUGGGAAUUUCAAAAACAGAUAAAUCCGAAGAAGAAAGAGUAAAGAAACAACAACAACAAGAUUAUAAAGAAAUUGAUAAAAACGAUUCAGAGAUAACCAAGAGGAUUAGGGCGCAUUUAAAAAGAUAUCAAAAUUAUACUCGGUCAGAUAGUAGGAUUAAAAUUGAUUUUCAGAGUGUAGAAAUUAGAAACAAGUUUGAAAAUAUUAUUAUAUCAUAUAUAAACUACAACAACGAUAUCGAAUAUUCAUUUGGUAUGUUAGCAAUUUUAGGCCCAUUUAUUGCCACUCUUCAGUCAGAAAGUGAUAUUUUCUUUUGUUAUGUUGCAAUGAUGAAAAGAAUCGAAGAGAAUUUACAAAUCGAAAGUUUAACCUCGAAACUAUCAAGAUUUAUGAUGUAUUUUAGAUCUGUAUUACCAGAAUUAUUCAGCCAUUUUGAGGAAGAGGAAGUCAGUAGCAAUGAUUGGGCAACAAGUUGGAUUCAAAAUUAUUUAAGUUGCGAAUUACCAAUCGAAUGUGUAUUAAGAUUGUGGGAUACCUAUUUAUCAGCUCAAUUGGGUCUCGAUCUUCAUGUUUUUGUUAGCUUGGCAAUUUUAACCAAUUUCUCUGAAGAGUUAUUAGAAUUAGAACAUUCCGAAAUAUUAGCUUUCUUACAACAUUUACCAGGUAUUGAUAUGGAUCAAAUUAUUGCUCAAGCUUAUAAUAUUAGGGAUGACAUUAGGGCAAAUAAUGAAUUAUAAUAAUAAUAAUUAAAGAAAAAAAAAAAAAAUAAUAAUAAUAUAUAUUAAUAUUUUUUUAAAAAAAUAAAACAAAUAUUCAUUUUAAUGUACAUAGUAUUUGUUAUAUUAUCUUUCAAUAUAAUAUAAUAAAUCAAUUAAUCAAAUAAUCAACCAAAUAAUUUUUUUGGCUUCACUCUUUUUUUUUUUAUUGGAAUAAACAUUUAAUUUGGUAUAUUUUAAUUAAAUUUUAAU